AGUUACACGAGCAAGUUUAUUCUAUGCUGUAGUGGUUCUAAAAAAAAAAAAAAAAAAAAAAAAAAAUCGAAUGAAGUCUCUUCAUCUGCGGAAGCACUGUAUUCCGAAAAUACACCAAAAAAAGCAGCAAACCACGAUGAUAGUGAGCUGUUAUAGCUCAAAUGUGAUAUUAAAUCAAAAUUUUAUUGCAAAAAUUUAUAUAAAUAGGUCUGCUUUUGCUUUACAAAGUGUUACCGCAUUCCUUGUAGAAAGAAAUAACUUGGAAUUUCUAGUUACCGUCAUUCCUGAAACGCCCUAUCAUGGAAUACAAGUCUGUAUUAAUGUAGAUACCUGUGCUUAUGCAUGUAAGCCAAUGUCCUAUACUUCUCCUAAUCUUUUGGGUUAUUUUCCUGGUGUUUGUCCUAGUGCUUCUAACUUUGUUGAUGCAUCAGUUUGGGCGGAUAGCAAUGAACCUGCUAUCCCUGAAUAUGUAUUGAUUCAAAGCACAAAUGAGAGAGUGCCUUGUGGUUAUGGUGGUCUAUUAUAUAAUAGAGAUGUCUGGUAUUGUCCUCCUCGUCCUCCAGCUACUACUACUACUACCACCGCCGCCGCCACCACCACUACUACUACUACUACUACUGCUGCUGCUGCUUCUACACCUACAUUGACUUGUGCAAACCAUAACAUCUACUAUAACAAACGUAAAGGCAAUGGUCUGUCUGGUGAUUGUUGUAAAGAUCAACGAGAUUGUGUCAAUCAAUGUAUCAGAGGUAAAUGCAAUGGCCCCUCUCAAACAAAUACUUCCUGUACAAACCCUCGUAUCUACUUUGGAAAAGGACGUGGUAAUGCUUAUCAUGGUGAUUGUUGCAAGGAUCAAUCCGACUGUAUUGAUGACUGUAUUAAAGGAAAAUGCAAUGGCCCUCGUAGAGGUGGUAUCAGUACAAGCAAGCCUGCACCAACUUGUCUUACUGGCUAUAAAGGCAAAAAGAAAGGAAAUGGGCCGAAAAAUGCUUGUUGUUUGACUCAAGCUGAUUGUAAAGAAGACUGUGUACGUGGUAAAUGUAAUUAAUAAUCUAAUAAUAAAAUAAUGCCUCCCUCCCCCCAUCCGUAGUA